UUGAAAAAUUCAAACGGAUUGGAAGUCCUCUCAGUCCAGUUUUUUUUUGUCUUUCUCAGAGGUAACGCUUUGAGGCAUGGGUCAUCCUGGCGAAGUUCGCGUGGGAUCUUCGCCUUCUUGCUGCUUGGUGUGUGUGUGUCAGCAGUGGCCACAUGGUUGUACAUCACUUCUCUGGACAGUGAUAUAACAGAAACACUCGCCAGACAGGGGGAGCUGGUCUCCCCUCAGCCCAGAGUCUACAGCAUCCAGUGCUCUGAGGACUAUGAGAACUACAAACGUUACCCAGGAUGCACCCCACAGAAGUGUGGCCGUGCUGUCACGGAUGGCGUGGUGAACAGGGAAGAAGCUCACGUCCUCAGGCGGCUGGCUGAAAGGGGGUUGGCUCUGGCAGGGUCAGAAGGAGGAGCAUCCAUACUGGACCUGCACUCCGGAGCGUUGUCGAUGGGGAAACAAUUUGUCAAUAUUUACAGGUAUUUUGGAGAUCAGAUCAGGGAUGUGUUCACAGCGGAGGAUUUUAAGCUGUACAGAGAUGUUCGUGGGAGAAUCCAGACUAUCAUCGCGGAGACGUUUGGUUUGGACCCCAGAUUGAUGUACCUCACCAAGCCCACCUUUUUCUCCAGGAUCAACAGCACCGCAGCCAAGACGCAACAUGACGAGUACUGGCACCCGCACAUCGAUAAGGUGACAUAUGGCUCCUUUGACUACACGUCACUCCUGUACCUGUCUGAUUAUGGCUCUGACUUCACUGGAGGAAGAUUUGUCUUCAUGGACCAAAAUGGCAACCGAACUGUGGAACCAAGGACAGGUACAAAUUAA